UUAGGUCAGAAAGAAGACUCUCGCCUCUCGUCGACGUUGACGCGCUCGGUAGUGUUACUCCGCGAAAUACGCGUGGUCCGCGUCGCAGCGCGUUGCGACUUACGUACUUGCGUUGCGGCCAGGGCCCCCGUCUAACAAGUAACAGUACUUCCUCGCGCUCAGUGGAAUAAAGCCUCUUUCCGUGGAACGGGACCCACCGCGCUGAGCGCUCUCCGCCGUGCUGCGCCGGCUCCGCUCACCUCGCGCGCCGUGAACGUAUCCGUCUCGCUCGCACCCGCGCGCGGACCCUCGUCGACCCGUGCUAUCGUCCGCGAAGUAGUCUGGCCGGUCGGGCACGAGGGAGCCUCUCCUCUUGAAACCAGUCCUCGCGUAUAUACGCGCCGGUCGCUCCACACGUUACGGACCAGAAGAGGCUGCGGUUUUGCCUUACGGCGCAAAGUGCUCCGGCUCCAACGCGCCUUCCGCACCUGCUCCCCGCGAUAUACGACUAUACGAGGAUUUUCGGCAGCCGGCAGGAGGUAGGAGGAAUGCUCGAAGACGAGAGACGAGAUCGUCGAGGGGAUUAAAAGAGAGAUCUGCGAGUUGUGUCGAAUAAUCUCCCGGAUCUCGAUCGAGCGACAUUGAAGUGGGAUUGACGAAUCGAUCACACGAGGAGGAGGAGGAAGAAGGAAGGAAGAAUCGCAUCUUGCCCACCAUAUUUCGUUGCUUUUUGAAACGCCCGCGGAAAAUCGAGGGAAGCCGAUAGGUGUCCAUUUCGUCGGUGCCAACUGCAUCACUUUUCAAGGUGUUGGUGACUCUCUUUGUAAUUCCUGAAACGCGCCGAUCGACCACGAGUUCUAUAUUUCCUCGUGGAGGAAAUAUAGGCUUACCCUAGUUUUUCGCAAAUUCAUGGUACUGUAACCUUUGUCUUUGUAGAUCGGAAAUUUACUAAGAGAAGAAGACCACGAGGGGCACAUUGAUUGUGUCUCAAAAGAUCGACUUUUAAAACAACAAAUAUUCGACAAUCAUUUAUCCGAAGACUGUCAUUAGCAUCUUAUUAUCACAAGAAGCUGGCUUGUCUUCAUUCGGAGGAAGAAGCCACAAUUGAGAGAAGACGAAGAUUAAUUUACACCGAUUAUAAAACAGCAAAUAUUCGACAAUCAUUUAUCCGAGGUCUCUCUCUCUCUCUCUCUCUCUCUCUCUCUCUCUCUCAUCAAUACUUUCUUAUUAUCGCAAAAAGCUGACUGUGUUGUUUUAAUCUGAAAGCAGGAGCCAAAUUAAAAAAAAAAAGAUCAAUUCACGCCGAUCCUAGAACAAACAUUCAAAUUAAUUAUCCGAGGACUAUCAUUAGCAACUCAUUAUCGUCACAAGAAGAUUGCAUUAUCUUCGUCUAAAGGCGAAAUUGGCAGGAGAACAAUUGAAAGAAGAUCACGAGGAGCAAAACGAUUUAUGCGUAAAGUUCGGCGACGGGUGUGAAUUUGAAAAAUCGACGUCGGGAUAUUCGGUUGCACGGAUUCGACGUGGAUCGAGAACGAGGAGCGCUCGACGCUUUAUCGUCGAAACGCAUCGGAAAGCAGGUUAGCGAUCCCAUCUCGUUUGUGGGCGAGCGCGAUGCUCGCGUCGGCGCGCGCCGUCGCGUGCGCGAUUCCGUGGUCACCGUGCCGAUUUCCGGCGGAUAGAGCGAGCGAGGAAGUCGAUACGGGGAGAUCAGCGGCCGUUCCGGAAAGGAACCUGGACUCCUGAAAAGGAUCUCCCUGGGAAGCAAGAAAAGAGAGAAGUAGGAACGGAAUUACAUGGUAUUUAAGGUAUAUUUAAAAAAAAGUAAUUUAAUGAUAUCAUUAUAGGAAAGUAAUACGAAAUCGAGAUAGAAAGUAUUCCUCCAAGAAUAUUAAUUGUGGAGGAACCACAAUUGAUACCACCACCACGGUUAGCUGAUAUAUUCGGAGAGUCUACAGUUUCGGUGGAUGCAUUCAUUCUUACGCGCGAAUUUGGAAGGAUUAUAUGCAGCAACGAAGAGAGCGAGAAGUGCGAAUGGACCUCCGCAAAAUCAGAGGUUAAAUUCAGAGGGGGAAAGCGUAGAGGGAAAAGGUAGAGGAAGAUAUAGAGGACGGGUUGCGAGGCCUUUCGCCGCUCGCGACCUAAGUUUCUCGGUCGCCCGCGAGUCCCACUGAGCUAAUUCGCGGCGCUCUUUUACACCUCGUGAUGCUCCGGUGAAGGUGUCGAUCGACGGUCAACUACUUCCGUUCAGAAGGAGAAGGUUCCUAAGCGUCCGAAAGAAAAUUAUAAAAUCACCCCGACGACCCAUCUUAGUCUCUUUCGUAAGGAAACGAAAGAGAGACUUAACAAUUUAAUUUGUAUAAUUUACUUAAAUGCUAAAUAAUAGGAAACCUUGAAAAGUCGACAGUAACGCGAAGGUAUGACCUCCCUGUGAUGUUUUAAUUUUGCGACCGUGAUCGUUUUUCGCGAGAUGUUAAUGUGAUCCAAGUGCGUGCGAGGAUAUUUCGCUGAUUCUUCUACGUUUCGCCAGUGAUCUUUUCGAUACUUAAUAACAACCGUACAGUUGUUCCACGUAUCGACGAACUUCUCGUCAGUGUUUUGAUCCCGCGGCUGAUUAUCGAGUGUGACGAAUCGGAGGGAAGCAGCCGUGAGCGGAGCGAAGAGGAAGGAGGCAGACAAAUCGCGCGGAUAGGAGACGGACGGUGAAAGAAGAUACCAUUUGGAGCGGAAGACAGGACGCCCAUCGAAGAUGAAGACCACACAACGAGCUCUAAGCUUCGACGAGACGUCGAUGGACAGCUGCAUAUUGGCUACUAUCGACGAGGGCCGCCGAGUCAGUGACUUAUCGAGCGAGUCGAUGAAGGACAGUAACGAGGUGGAAGUGACGUCAUUGGAGGAAGCCAAGUCGGUCAUAGCGGCACUCAGAGCGAGACAGCGGGCACAAGCCCACCAAAUGCUCGCUUGGCGAAGGACCCUUAAAUUGCAGGAGGACCUGGUGGCUCGAUUGACGCGGGAAAAAGCUGAGCAGCUGCGGACGUUGUCGUCGCAACUUCUGCUGUUUGAGUCAAGGCUCUGCAGGAAGCAGAAGGAAAUCGAAGCCAGUCUGAGUCAGCGAGAAUCCAUUAUUUUACGACAACAAAGGGUGAUCCGGCAAUUGCAGAACAGAUUGGCGGAGAGGAACACGAGCACUCGGGACUCGCCACCUUGCGAUGCCCUGGACAGAUUAGACAGUCUCGGGGAUAGCGACAGCGCCGUGGUGCUCGAGGAAACCGCGGACGAUCCUGCCCCACCAAGAUUUCGUUCUAACAUUACUGAUGUAACUGUGAUCCGUUCCGUGUCCGAUGCGGUGGAACCGUCGAACAAAUAUUCAUCGAUGCGACGUUGCAACGGUUUUCUCAGAAGACCGGAGAUUCUGGAAACCGUGUAUUCUGUGGAGGAAGACGGUGACAGCGAAAAUAAUCAGGAUCCGUCGGAAUCGACAGAGAAUUCGGAAUACGAAGACAGGAGAAUGAAAAACUUAGGCAACGGAAAGGGCAGGCUUCAGGAUCUCUACGGCAGUUUCGAAAGGUUGGCUCAAGACACAGAUUCUCCACCCAGCGAAAGACCUAGAGACGAAAGCCAACAAGCGCAGGUGACAUACAAUAGGGUAAUGAGCAAUCAUAGAUCCGUGACGAAGCCAAAAGACGUGAAAUACAAGAGGAUAAAUAAGGCAAAAUCGAAAAGUCUUGAAGAACUUAGAGGACGUCUUAGAAAUUGGGUCGAGAAAGGAAAUAAAAUAGCUAUAUCGUUGGAUCAGUCAUAUGCUUGAGCUUGCUACCCUUAUAUAUGAAAGUAUAUAAAUUAUUAUUUUAUGAACGAAAACGUGUAUUGCCCAAAAUUAUAAUUCUAUUUGUAAGAUUAAGGAAUGGACUUUUAUCUUUAGUAAAGUCGCUACUGUUAUUUAAUUGAAAUAUCAUCGCUCCAUGUGAUAUUUACUGUAAUAUUUUGUCAUGUUAAUUAUGCACCUAGAUCAAAGAUAAAUGAUUCGAAACUUGUGAUAUGAUUUUAUUAUAUACAAAAGCGCGUAGU